AUGACCCCCAUCUACUAUGGGUCUUUCACCUUGGACCAAUCUACCAUGGACUUCCCAUCUCUGCUAUGCAUUAGGACAUGCACCUUCCACCGUGGUCACCUUCCAUCAUGGUCACCUUCCAUCAUGGUCACCUUCCAUCAUGGUCACCUUCCAUCAUGGUCACCUUCCAUCAUGGUCACCUUCCAUCAUGGUCACCUUCCAUCAUGGUCACCUUCCAUCAUGGUCACCUUCCAUCAUGGUCACCUUCCAUCAUGGUCACCUUCCAUCAUGGUCACCUAG